GUCAUUCCUAACGAAUUAAAUAUUUUGUUUGCUCACACCAAGAAAUAACUCCUAGGUUAAAUGUAAUGAAUGAAAGGAAAGCGCCAAUUUGACGUCGAUUGGUGUCUUCGUUUGUUGUGGGAGAUGUCAGUUUGUUAAUUAGCUAAAAUACACUAUGAUAUUAUGGAUGACAGUGGAAAUAAUCUUCACAAAAAACAGGGUACCAGGGUCUUCAAGAAAAGCAGCCCAAAUGGAAAAAUCACAACAUACUUGUGCAAAAGGGAUUUCAUCGACAGUCUAGCAGAUGUAGAUCCGAUUGAGGGCGUCGUAUUGGUUGACCCAGAGUAUGUCAAGGGACGGAAGGUGUUCACUCACGUUUUAUCAGCAUUUCGUUAUGGACGUGAAGAUUUGGAUGUACUUGGGUUGACUUUCCGCAAGGAUCUCUAUCUAGCCUCAGCUCAAGUUUAUCCUCCAGUUUAUGCAUCCGAAUCCGAUAACUGUGGAAGGGUUCUAUUAAAUCCAGCAAGUACAGCUGUUUGUGGAAAUUCUAAGCCUCCUGGUCCAGAAGUUUCUGAAGGGACAGACGAUAAUUUACAUUCUGGUACUCUUCCGCUGACAAGACUACAAGAACGUCUGAUUAAAAAGUUAGGAAGUAAUGCCUUUCCAUUUUACUUCAAGCUUCCUGCAGACGCACCUGCUUCAGUUACACUUCAGCCAGGUCCGAAUGAGAACGGCAAACCAUGUGGUGUAGACUAUGAACUAAGAACUUAUGUGGCUGAGACAUCGGAUGAUAAAUUACAAAAACGCCGAAUAUUUUUAUGCGGAGCUAUAAGCUACCGCCCGGACAAUCAAUUACAGUGUAAUAAACGUAAUGCUGUUCGACUCGCUAUUCGUAAACUGACUUAUGCACCAGAAGAACCAGCCCCACAACCAUCUGCAGUGGUCCUUAAAGAAUUCAUUAUGAGUCCAGGUACACUUCGUUUGGAGGUCUCUCUAAAUAAAGAAAAAUAUUAUCAUGGUGAAUCAAUAGAUAUCAAUGUUUUGGUAGACAAUAAUUCAAAUAAGACAGUGAAAAAAAUCAAAUUAUCAGUUCGUCAGUAUACUCAAUUAUGCUUACACAAUAACAAUCGUUAUAACUGUGUUGUGGAUGAAUUAGAAACUGAUGAGUCAUUUCCUAUUUUACCAAGUCAAACGGGUUGGUGUAAAGUAUAUAAACUACGUCCAUUACUUGCCAAUAACAGACAUAAACGUGGUCUAGCAUUAGAUGGUAAAUUAAAACAUGAAGAUACUAAUUUGGCUUCAUCCACAAUUAUAUGCAAUCCGAACCAUAAAGAAAAUCUUGGCAUGACUGUUCAGUAUCGUGUAAAAGUUCGAUUAGUAUUAGGAUUCGUGUCAAGUGAUGUCAGCGUGGAACUUCCAUUCACACUAACUCAUCCAAAACCUGAUUCGGAUGUCAAUGGUACUUCAUCAAAACUAAUUAUUGAUGAUGAUAAUGAUAUUCUUCAUUCUUUGUUAUCUGGAUCUGAUGAUAGACUAAAACAUAAUCGACAUAUCUUGCAACAAUCCCAGUUACAUUCAAACGAACAAAGUUCAUCUGAUCGUAAUGUAAAUAUUACAGAUGAUUUAAUUAAAUUGGAUGAUGGAAUAAAUGACAAUAAAGCAUAUUUAGUCAGUAGUUAUGGUGGCGGUGUUGAUGAUGACGAUGAUUUGAUUUUUGAAGAUUUUGCUCGUCUACGUUUAAAAUCAUAUGAAUCUGAUAAACGUAUGGAUAUAGCAGAUUCAUCUACGGCUGAUUCAACAAUGGCAACAAAUGUCAAUACACCUAACGCUGUCAUUUCUCCAUCAUCUCCAUCAUAACAGUAAUUUUUAAAAAAAUGUAUAAUUCCUUAUUUUCUACUAACAUUCAUUCUUGAAUAGUUACACGAUUUUUUUUUCUCUUGCUUUCAUUACAAUAUAUAAUUAUAAUUAUUAUUUGUAUUUUUAUGGGUACUACUACUAAUACUACUGAUAUUCAGUGCUUUUAACUAAUGCUUUUGUUUAUUUCAAAAGAAAUUUUAAUUCAAUAAUUUCAAUUUAUUACAAGUAAAUCAUUUCUUAAUUAUUAUUCAGGCUGACUGAUUAUGAUUUUUAGAUCAGCUUGAAUUUAAAACUGGAAAAAAUUAAACAUAGAUUAUUCUGACUGUUCAAUAUUUCUCUUCUUGUCACUCACUCUCUCUCUCUCUCUCUCCAUACUCAUUUGGUUUCUCUUCGUUUUAUAUGUGUCUUUCAUCAAAAUAGUUUGAUCAAUUUGUUUCCUUAUAGAAUUUGUACUAAUGUUAUACAUUCAAUGUAUUGAUUUUCAAUGUAUUCAACGUUAUUUCUUAUUCCCAUUCAUAAGUAUAAAUUAUUUCAUAACAAUUAUCAAUUUAUUUUCUCUUUUUUCUUGUUGCAAAUCUCAUAAAUUAAAUGAAAAAUAAUGAAAAGUAAAUGAAUGAAGAAAUCUUUUAAUGUAAUUUGUCAAUAUCAUUAUUAUUAUUAUUAUUAUUUAAGUUUUAAUGAUUUAUUUUGAAAGAAUAAAAGUCUUGUAUAUUUGUAA